AAGGUGGGCAUCGCCAAGACCCCGCCAUGGGCAACACCUGCGUAUGCCUCGCCGGCGAACCCAAAGACUCGGACAGGAAGCAGAAGAAGCCCUCGCCCCGUCCCCAGCAGCAGCAGCAGCAGCAGCAGCAGCAGCAACCGAAGACGCGGCAGCACAAGCCACACCGGCCCCGGCCGAACCCCUACGCUGAAGACACCAUUGGCUCCCCCUCCCUCCAUGUCCUCAAGGACGUCGUGCCGCUUGGCCGCCACCGCAGCCGCAUCGGCGACAAGUACGUGCUCGGCAGCGAGCUCGGCCGUGGCGAGUUCGGUAUCACCUACCUCUGCACCGACAAGGAGACGAGGGAGGCGUUGGCCUGCAAGUCCAUCUCGAAGCGCAAGCUGCGGACCGCCGUCGACGUCGAGGACGUGCGGCGGGAGGUGGCCAUCAUGUCCACUCUGCCGGACCACCCCAACAUCGUGAGGCUCCGCGCCGCGUACGAGGACGCGGACGCCGUGCACCUGGUGAUGGAGCUGUGCGAGGGUGGGGAGCUGUUCGACCGGAUCGUGGCGAAGGGGCAUUACAGCGAGCGGGCGGCGGCCGCAGUGGCGCGGACCGUGGCGGAGGUCGUCAGAAUGUGUCAUGCUAAUGGCGUGAUGCACCGGGAUCUGAAGCCCGAGAACUUCCUAUACGCUAACAAGAAGGAGAACUCGCCCCUGAAGGCAAUCGAUUUCGGGCUCUCGGUCUUCUUCCGUCCAGGGGAGAGGUUUUCAGAGAUUGUAGGAAGCCCCUACUACAUGGCGCCGGAGGUGCUGAGGAGGAAUUAUGGACCGGAGAUUGAUAUUUGGAGUGCUGGGGUUAUCUUGUAUAUCCUACUUUGUGGAGUUCCGCCAUUCUGGGCUGAGACCGAGCAAGGUGUUGCACGUGCGAUUCUCCGAGGAGCGAUUGAUUUCCAGAGGGAACCAUGGCCUCAGGUCUCAGAAAGCGCAAAGAGUCUUGUAAAGCAGAUGCUGGAUCCAGAUCCAAAACGGCGGUUAACUGCUCAGCAGGUGCUGGAACAUCCAUGGUUACAAAAUGCCAAAAAAGCUUCAAAUGUUCCAUUGGGAGAUAUUGUAAGAGCAAGGCUGAAACAGUUCUCAGUCAUGAACAGAUUCAAAAAGAAAGCCAUGCGGGUAAUAGCUGAGCACUUGUCGGUUGAAGAGGUUGAGGUUAUAAGAGACAUGUUUAAGUUAAUGGAUACAGAUAACAAUGGAAAGGUAUCAUUUGAAGAAUUAAAAACUGGCCUUCAAAAGGUUGGUUCCCAACUGGCUGAAUCAGAGAUGAAACUAUUGAUGGAAGCAGCUGACGUUGAUGGAAAUGGUGCGUUGGACUAUGGGGAGUUUGUGGCUGUCAUUAUUCAUUUACAAAGGUUAUCUAAUGAUGAACAUCUCCGCAGAGCAUUCAUGUUCUUUGAUAAAGAUGGCAGCGAUUUUAUUGAACUUGACGAGCUAAGUGAGGCCUUGGCAGAUGAGUCUGGCCAAACGGACAUUAAUGUGCUGCAUGAUAUUCUACGAGAAGUUGACACAGACCAGGAUGGCCGUAUCAGUUAUGAGGAGUUUGUUGCUAUGAUGAAAGCUGGCACCGAUUGGAGGAAAGCGUCUCGCCAGUAUUCAAGAGAAAGAUUUAAAAGCUUAAGCAUGAAUCUCAUGAAAGACGGUUCACUUUCUAUGGGAAAAGAAGCAACUGAUUUGUAUGCAUAAAGUUGACCCUACUUAUUGCGAGAGGCUGCUCACUCGGUACAACCGAUGCUCAAUGAAUAUGAACACUUCAUUGGAGCUUUUAUCGUAUGAUGGAUGAUGGGGUGCAGAUUCCGAUGGGCUAAGCAUUAUGUGAUCUGGUAAGAAGUGAAUAACUUUGUUGUGCUUCUCCAUGUGCCAAUCUCCUGCCUUUUAAGCUCUUCCUUUGGUUUGAGUGUAUUACUGUUUUCUCUUUCAAGUUUGGUUGUUCAUCUUAGUGAGGUUUGACACAGUAUGGGGUUUCAGGGUCUAGUUGCUGGUUUUUGUAUUGGUUGUAUAGAUUGGAGGAAAUGAAGAAGAUUGAUGUAGGUACUGAUUGCCCUUUUCCUUU